GUAUAUUCAAUUUAAAUUACAAUAAGAAACAAUAGUUUGCAUGACAAAAUUAUUCCAUUAUACUUUAAAACACCGUUGCAGAGAACAAAAUCGCGUUCAAAUAACAAUUAGACAGAGACAUGACAUUGACACUAUAUAAAAAGGCUACUCGAGCUGAAGUAAUCUGUUGCAAAUUCUAACCGUUUGCUGAUCGACUUCAGCGUGACAAUGUUAGCAAUUACGGUUUUCCUGUUUAUUCUCUUUUGUUACAGAGCUACUGCGGUUGUCGAUGACAGAUAUUAUCCACGCUACCACUUGGCCCCGCCGUAUGGAUGGAUGAACGAUCCUAAUGGCUUCAGUGAGUUUAAAAAUGAAUACCACCUAUUUUAUCAAUUCAACCCGAAUAGCAGUCUUGUACCUGGCAUAGCGCACUGGGGCCAUGCUAAAAGUAAAGACUUUUUCCGCUGGGAACAUUUACCUAUCGCAAUGUACCCAGAUCAGUGGUAUGAUAAGGGUGGCGUAUUUUCCGGAAGUGCUUUAGUUGAGAAUGAUAAACUUUAUCUUUACUAUACCGGCAAUGUGAACAAACCCGGUCAAUAUCCUGAUCACCAACAACACCAAGUACUCGCAAUUAGCACUAAUGGAGUAGAUGUUACGAAAGAAAAGAUUAAUCCAAUAAUUAAUGGAAGUAAUUAUCAGCCAGACUUUCGAGAUCCCAAAGUUUGGAAGUAUAGAAACACAUAUUAUAUGGUGAUAGGAAACUCUUUCCAAGAUGAAGAGACUAAUAGUACACUAGGGCGAGCUCUUCUAUAUACUUCUAAAGAUAAAAUCCAAUGGGACUUCGCCUCAAUUUUGGAUGAAUCUGAUGGAUCUUUGGGAUAUAUGUGGGAAUGUCCAGAUUUCUUUGAACUGAACGGUCGUUUCGUUCUUUUAUUUUCACCACAAGGAAUACCUCCAUCAGGAUAUAAAUACAGGAAUUUAUAUCAAACUGGAUAUAUUGUCGGAGAUUUCGAUUACAAGACUAAUAUGUUUACUCCUAAAACUGAAUUUAUUGAAUUGGAUUACGGCCACGAUUUAUAUGCUACGCAAACUAUUCUGGACAAAUCAAAACGUAGAAUAGUAAUUGCUUGGAUGGAUAUGUGGGAUCAGAACUAUGCGGAAGCUGAGGACGGUUUUACCGGUCAAAUGACAAUUCCUAGAGAGUUAUCACUAGACAAAUAUAAUCGCCUAAUUCAGAGACCCGUAAAAGAAAUAGCAUCAAUCAGAGGACGAACAAGAUUCAUUGGGAAGGGACGAGCAGGUGCUGAAAUUAAUCUCAGAGACAAAAGUGGAGAAAUCCAUAUCAAAUCAUCGGCAAACAAAGAUUUAGAAAUAUGGAUCCAAUCUACAAAUGAAUCCAGCAACGUUUUAAUCAGCUACAACUACAAGCGAGGUAUAGUGACGUUAGAUCGCGGAGGCAAAGAUGGCGUUCGUCGUGCUAAAUGGAGACCUACUGAUAAAUUACAUUUGAAAGCAUAUAUUGAUGCAAGUUCGAUCGAAUUAUUCUUCGGUAAUGGUGAAGUCACAUUUUCUAGCAGAUUUUUCCCUGUGGGACCAAUAAAGGUACGGAUAGGUGAAUCAAAUGACGUCGAGUCAAUAUCUGUCAUUGACCUGCAACGUUCAAUAGAUGCUACUUAUAAAAUAGAAUCAGAAGAUUAA